GUUUCUUAGCAGCGCUUACACAGGGAUGAUUAACAGCAUCAAGACCCUCCUCCUGGUUCUGAUUGGCUGUUUCUGACAGAAUCCUGCAUUACUGCAGAUGACAGAGGAGGAGAUGAAUGCUUUUUUUAUAAACGUUACAUUCUGCAGCUUUGAGCUCGUUUGGUUUUCCAGUUGAAGGUCGAAUGUUUGUAGAUCUUCAGUGUGAAGUUCAGCUGCUGCAAAUAACCUGAACAUUAAAAAAACUUUAUUCUUCCUAAGUGAAAAGCAGCAGCUUCGGCUGAGCUUCAUCCAGGAUGCAGAGGAGGAGGAAGAGCAGGGGGCGGAGUCAGUCCCUGGGGAUAAAACUCUCCACAGAGAAUCAGACACUCAGAGUCAACCGAGCCGGCAGAGCAGAAACAACCAACCAGAACCGACGGGUCACAACUCCUCCUCCUGCAGCGCCACGCUCCAGGUCAGGAUGACUUCCCUCCUCUUGCCGCUCCUCUUCCUGUCGCUGCUGGGCUCCAUCAUGGCGGCUCCAGAACCAGCCGGCUGUAAGAUCCGGAUCACCAAUAAAGGCCUGGAGCUGUUAAAGCUUGAGACUCAGAAGUUUGUGGAAGAGGAGCUCAGUAACAUCAGCAUGCCGGAGAUGAAGGGGACCGAGGGCCGGUUCCAGUACACCAUCACAGACGUGAAGAUCACAGAACUGAACCUGAGCCAUGCGGACCUGCGGUUCCUCCCAGACGUCGGUCUGCUGUUCGACGUUCAGAACUCGUCCAUCGCGCUGAGCUUCCAGCGCCGGAUCCUCUAUUGGUUCUUCUACGACACGGGGAACAUCAACGCGUCGGCCGACGGCGUCAACAUCAACACGGCCGUGAACCUGAUCCGAGACGACGGAGGGCGGCUGAAGAUCAACAACAUCAGCUGUGACGCCAAGAUCAAGAAAAUGAGGGCGGAGUUCAGCGGGACGCUUGGGAAAGUUUAUGACUUUCUGGCCCGAUUUCUGACCACCGGGAUGCGAUUCUUCCUGAACCAACAGAUCUGCCCGGCGCUGAACCACGCUGCUCUGGUUCACGUGAACGCCAUGUUGGAGACGAUCCCGGUGCGGAGCGAAGUGGAUCACUACAUCGGGAUCGACUACUCUUUGAUCAGCGAUCCCGUGGUGACGUCGCAGAGCCUCGACAUGAACUUCAGGGGGAUGUUCUUUGACCUGUCCAACCAGAACCAGCCGCUGGUGAACUACGCAGUGGAGCCGGUCAUCAGGGAGUACGACCGCAUGGUCUACCUCGCUCUGUCUGAGUUCUUCUUCGACAGCGGGAUGUUCGCCUACUACUCUGCUGGGAUCUUCCAAAUGCACAUCGUCAACGAGAAGAUGCCCAAAGAUCUGGAGGUGUUGCUGAGGACGACGUAUUUCGGAACCAUCAUGAUGAUGAACCCAUCUCUGGUGGAUGCACCACUGUCCCUGCAGCUUGCUGUCAACUCGCCCCCAAAAACCUCCAUCAAGACGUCCGGGGCCACCGUUGUCAUGACAGCCAUCGUCAAGGUGAUGGUUCUGCCCCCAGGCCAAUCUCCGGUCCAGCUCAGCAGUAUGACCAUGGAAGCUAAGUUUAAUGCAAAAGUUUCCAUGAGAGGAAAACGCCUGGCUGUGCAUGCUGAUCUACGCAGGUUUAAGAUUUUCUCCAACCAGUCAGCUCUGGAGUCUCUGGCUCUGAUUCCUCUGCAGGCUCCUCUGAAGACCAUGCUGCAGAUGUCCGUGGUUCCUCUCAUCAACAACUGGACCAAGAGGGGAGUCCGGAUCCCGCUGGCUGAUGGGAUGGAUUUCAUCGAGGAGGUGGUGGAGUAUCACAAUGGUUUCAUCGUGAUCGGAGCCAAUCUUCACUUCAGCAAAGGCCUGAGGGAAAUGAUGGCAGGAAGCAGUGACAUCCAACCCACCGCCAGCAACAGCAACGCCACCAGCACCGCUGUCUAAGAAGAACUGGACCAGGCAGGCAGAACAUUAUGACCGCCUGCUUACCGUUUUACUCCCAAAACACCUCCGAGCCGCCAUUAGAGGGCACCACAGAGCUGAGGGUAACUAAGCAUUGGUACCGGUUCGGUGUAAGAAUGUGAGGGAGCAUGUUUAGCUCCCAUAGUGUGUGUGCAUGUGUGUGAGAACACAGACUGGACCGUGGAACCAAACCUUAGAAGCAGAGACGUCCAAUCUGAGGGGCUGGAACUGUUGGUGGUCAUAAUCUUCUGCUGAUCUGAUAUAAAUAGAUGAUGUAAAUACUGACAGACUGAGGAAAGUGUGACGCAGCAGCAGCAGAUUCAACAAGUUUUACUGACACAAACAUAAAAACCUGCUUUCUGACACUUUCCAGUUAAAUCAUUUUAUUUAUGUGCCGACCAGAACUUCCUUUUAAUCUCACAGACUAAAGACUUCUUAACAUCUAACUGAACAUCUGAAAGGUUUCCAAACUGUCCCUUAUAAAUAAAACCCCUUUAAUAAAAACUCUGAGUUGUAGUCAGAAGGUUGACUUGAUGAUGUCAUAGUUUCUGAGUUUCUCAGAGUUUCUGUUUAAGGUUUCACAGCAGGACUUGAAGCUCAAUUACAGUUUUUUUGCUGAAUUCCGAUAUUUUUUCUUGUGGUUUUUCAUGAUACUAAAGGCUCUGAGUAAAAAGGAGUUAAGUUAUUAAAUUUAGACCAGCAAUCAUUUUAGUUUCGCGGUCAUCUUGUGUUUUGGGGGAAAGAUCUGUGAUCUGAACAACUCAUGUUGUUUAUGAUCGGCUGAUUUAGGUUAUUAAUGUUUACAAGUUAAUGCCCACCAACCGCAAAUAAACUCAAGAUGCAGAACCGUUUAAAACGACACAGUGUUUCUCACCAUGGCAACAGGAAAUCUUGAUUCACAGGCUUUUUCAAAUCAAUAUUUAAUUGGUGAAAAAAGUGGAAAGCAUUGAUGAAUCAAUAAUUUUGCCAACUACUACUAUCAAGCGGGAACUUGAUAAACCCAGAUAGCUUAGCGCUAGUGAGUGCUAGCCAGCAAACUGCCCGGAUCCAGGAAACUAUGAAGUUAAAUUUAUUUCACAAUUAUUCAAUCCAAAAAAAAAAUGUUUCAAACAAAAAAAUAAUUAUCUCAGUUAAAUUGUGAGAAUUAUUAUUCUUUUUAAACUAAAUAAAGAAGCUGACUUUUAGAAAUAUAGUUAGACAAAUACACCUGGCCCUUAAAAGCAACACUUACUUCUCUACCUGGCCGUCUCUGAUUCGACACCUGCUGGUUUCUCCAUCCUCACGUUCUGAUCCUCUGGCUGGAGGAAUCGCUCUGUUCAGUAAAACCACCAGCCUGUCCUGCCUCAGCUGCUCUCUGCUCAUCAGACUAGGAUGGGGAGGUAGGAGUACACCAAUUUCAUUUCAUAACAUAACACAGCAAAGGGUAUACUACAUCUAAUUCUAAAUAAAACUAAGUACGAGACACACACACACACAGACAGAGUUACAUUGCCUCCCCCCAUCCACAGCACGGAUGAUGUGCUUGCUAAAUAAAUAAUCUGUACAGUCACUUGGCGUGCAGUGCAUAUUAAUGUGGACCUAAUAACAUUGGUGCAGCAAUCCGCUGUUUUUCCACUUUAGCUUCAAUGCUAGUUAACACGGAGGAUUACGCAACAGUUUUUAACAUAUUUCCUCCAGAUACAUUUGGAGGAAGAGAUGCGCUAGUUAACGAAUUCAACAUAAAGACAGGCGAAUAUUAAACAAGCCUAGUUUAUGCACUUUACGUAGUGCUAACAUUAGCUAGUGCUAACAUUACCUAGUGAUAACAUUAGCUAGCACGAUAUGCUACCGGGGAUCACGGCAGACAAAAUAUGUGACUGUCGUCAUAAAAUGUGUAAGAUUUCUUCUCUAAAACAGGGUGGACACUUGAGUAGCUGCUAAACGGUGUAAUUUUGUGAUGAUUAUUUACCAUUCACAUUUUGUCUCCCGUCACCGAAGCCCUGCAGUUCGGGACAGAGUUCUGAGAUCGCGGGGAGUCCGAGUCAUCCGCUUUAGUAAGCGCUAACCAAUAGGAACACGUCUUACAUCGCCCGUCAUCCGCCUUAGUAAGCGCUAACCAAUAGGCACACGUCUUACGUCGCUCGUCUUUAGGCCCCGCCCAAGAUGUUCAUGUGAGAAGCGCAAGCAAAAAUCGUCGAGUUCAAGCAAAGAAAGGGAGCAUAAAAAUUUUUAGACUCAACCAAACACUUAGGCUGUCAAGCAAAAAAUUCUGAUAUUCAAAAGUAAAAGUUUUAAACAAAAAUAGUGAUUAAAAUUUAAAAAAGCUUUGUAAACAUUUUUUUUUGUUUUAAAAAAUUUGUUUGAGAUCAUUUUUAUUGUUUGAAACAUUUUCUUUUUGAAAAUCCAAAAGUUUAGAUCACAACUAUUUUUCUUUUGUUUGUUUGUGUGACGUGGGUUUUUUUUUAUUAAAUAAUUGUGAAACAACUUUAAGUCCAUAGAAAACUCUACCUUUGAACCAACGCUGCCUUCUGUCCUUCUGUUAUCUUAAGUUAUUCAACUUAAGAUAACUCUUAAGUUGAAUAACUUAAGAGUUAUCAUCUCUUAAUUUUGUCCACUCUGAGCUUCUAUAUCGGACAAUGUUGAAAUGAAGCUCCGAGGAUUCCUCAUCUUCCGUCACAUCAGACGUCUGAAGAAAUACUGUCAUUUUAUUAUAUUUUAUUUUAUGUUCCCCUGUAAAAUGUUCUGAUAUGUACACAGUUAUGUGUUGUUGUUAUUUACUGUAACAAAUAAGGUUAAAAUAAAAACGUCUGAAGAAGAAGUGGACGUCACA